AUGGCGGCUGAGAUCCACUCCCGGUCUCCGCGCGGCCCUGUACUUCUCACCAAGAUACCCGGACACCGGGAGCAGGUCACCUCCGCCUGCUUCAUCCCGAGAGAGGACGGCGUCAUCACUGCCAGCGACGACCGGACAUUGCGAGUAUGGCUGAAGAGAGACAGCGGGCAGUAUUGGCCAAGUAUCUACCACACCAUGUCAUCUGCGUGUUCAGCACUGAGAUACCAUCAUGAGAGCAGGAAGAUUUUUGUGGGACAGGAUAGUGGAGCCGUUGUGGAGUUUGUAAUUUCUGAUGACUUCAACAAAAUGAAUUUUAUAAAAACAUACCCAGCUCAUCAGAACCGAGUGACAGAAGUCGUUUAUUCCCCUGGACCUGAAUGGGUGAUUAGCACUGGGCAGGAUAAGUUCAUCACCUGGAUGUGCACUCAGAGUGGUUCCUUGGUGGGCAGAUAUGCUUUCUCUGCUUGGGCAUCCUGCCUUCAAUACGAUGAGGAAACCAGAUAUGCCUUUGUUGGUGAUUUUUCUGGGCUGAUAACAUUGCUAAAGCUGGAGAAAGACAGUUGUUCUGUAAUAUCAACACUUAAAGGCCAUGAAGGUAGCAUCUCCUGUAUAUUUUGGGACCCUGUGCAACGGUUUCUAUUUUCAGGGUCAGCAGAUCACAGUAUUAUACUGUGGGACAUUGGAGGGAGACAAGGACGAACGCUAAUCCUCCAAGGACACCAUGACAAGGUGCAGGGACUCUGCUACCUGCAGCUCACACGCCAACUGGUGUCAUGUUCUGUUGAUGGAGGAAUCUGUGUAUGGAAUAUGGAUAUUGAUAGAGAAGAGGCUCCUCAGUGGCUAGAAAGUGAUUCCUGCCAGAAGUGCGCACAACCUUUUUUCUGGAACCUUAAGCAGAUGUGGGAUGCAAAGACACUUGGGUUACGACAGCACCACUGCAGAAAGUGCGGCCAGGCUGUAUGCGGUAAAUGCAGCUCCAAAAGAUCCAGUUACCCCAUUAUGGGCUUUGAGUUUCAGGUGCGGGUCUGUGACUCUUGUUAUGAAACCAUCAAAGAUGAGGACCGGACACCAUUGGCCACUUUCCAUGAGGGUAAACACAACAUCUGCUACAUGACAAUGGAUGUCUCAAGAGGACUUAUGGUCACUUGUGGAAAAGACCGGCUACUAAAGGUACUGAAAAAAAAAAUCCGAUGUUGA